AUGCGACCAACUUCGUUGGAGCGAAACAAGUUGCAGGAACUUACUGACGUCAUCUACGCUGAUCGAGCGAGGGAAUCAAUUGCAGGAAUGUGCAGUACGAAAGGCAUAGAAUUUCACUUCAUUCCACCAAGGUCACCACACUUCGGCGGGUUAUGGGAGGCAGCAGUAAAAUUUGCCAAAUAUUUGCUGGUCAAAAAUGUUUCAACAGCAUCACUUACAUAUCAAGAGCUUGAAACUGUCGUUAUUGAAGUUGAAGCAGUGUUGAACUCGCAACCCCUUAUUCCUAGCUCAUCAGAUGCAAACGAUUUGAACGCAAUAACUCCAGGACAUUUUUUAAUAGGUAAAGAAAUCACUUCAAGAUUUGAUGUGCAUGCACGUGACUCUAAAGAAAAAUUACUUAAACGCUGGCAACUGGUAUCAGAGCUAAAACACAGUUUUUGGCAGCGCUGGACUAAAGAGUAUCUAAGCGAAUUACAACAGCGCCACAAGUGGAAGGGUCCAAUCACCAACAUACAGACCAAUACGAUGGUAAUCCUUAAGGAAGAUAAUGUCCCAGUUCUGCAAUGGCCUUUGGGACGCAUCAUCAAGGUUUACAAAGGCGAAGAUGGUUUAGUGGGAGUUUGUGACAUUCAAACAAAAAAGGGAGUAUUUAAAAGACCGGUGCAUAGAUUAGCUCCAUUAUUUCCUGAAGACGAUAAAUUAGAAGAUCGAACCUUUGGAAAAAUGACUGAAAGAAAAAUCGAAUCAGAACAGACUCAAGAAACUCCAAAGUCACCUCCCGUGUCGCUUAUCGUAAACAUUCCAUUAAAUCGCAUCAGAAAACCUGAAUCAUUAGUCAAUGGGAUAACUCCAACAAAACGGUCAUGUCUGAACCCCGGGCUGCUGCUUACCAUUAUUACUCUACUCAUUUUGCCACUUGCACUAUGUAGCCCACAUCCAGAGUUCCAGUUUUCCAACUGA